CCACGGUCCGCCAAUCAGUCAUCAUUAACCAUCUGCGCCUAGUUUUUAUUCCCGAUCCUCAACCACCUUUGUGCACUGAAAAGCAGACAAGCAGCUGAACGUCGCCUGCAAGAAAGCAGGGCUGGAUACCAUGGACCGAUGUUUACCAAAUAUGAUGUCAAUUUAAGUACAUAAAUAAAUGAGAGCAACCAUUAGAGCUUUGUUGGCCCUGAAAUGCUAAAGAUUACCACAGGGAAGUAGUGGUGGAGAUGAAAGAUAGCCUGAUAGAGCCUCACUUCAGCCUUGCUCACUUCGACCGCGAUAAAAGAUGGAAGGAUCGCCCCAUAGUCCGCUAUUCUUUGACAUCACUUUCAACUUCCCAGAUCGACAUCAGCCCACAGAUAUUCGAAAAUAAGAGCUGUUCGAUGAAUGGUCUCUAUUGAACUUCAAAUACCAUGGAUUAUGAAGAUUGUUGGUCAAGCCAGGAUGGUUUUGAAGAUGGCGAGCCCUGUACUGAGGCCCUCCGGGCCACCGAAAUAAGAUCACUGGAGGUUGUUGGUGCAGUACUCGCCACUGUCAGCACCGGAGCUGGUAUUGCAGCUGCAUAUUAUGCGCGACGCCAAGCUCAACAAAAUAACCGACCCUCUGGAGCGCGAGAUAUCGAGAACUUAGAUAGUCCAAGCAGAAUGGGGAUUUUACGAUCGCCAAGUGCACGGGAUGCGAGAAGUCCUAUUCGAUCGGGAACAAAUACAACGUCGCUAUGUACAACCAGCCCUUUUGAAAGAAAGCACACCGUUGAGAGGUCCAAUGCUGCGCGAAAUAGGCGUAACAUUUACUAUUCAUUAGUAAUGGCUGCUCGCGAAGCUGCUGAGGAAGGCCUCGAACACAUAAUCCGGUUGCCGCCCGAAAUUGGGGUGAAUAUCAAUGGUAGCGGGGGUUGCUCCGCGGUAUGUGCAGCUGCUAAGAAUGGACAUAAAAAUGUAUUGGAGCUGCUGGUCCGGAGGAAGUUUGACAGCAAUGCUGGGAACGUCGGCGCUGUGACACCUGCAAAGGUUGAGGAAGCUUGUACACACGCUGUCCAGCUACUGCUUGAGAAAGGGGAAAUUAUAUGUGACAAACGGCACCACACUGCCCUGUGUGCAGCUUCUCGGAAAGGCCGCGAAGACAUGGUCAGGCUCCUGCUUGACCAUGGAUCCAAUAUUAACGCCGAAAGUAGAUCCUGCGGUUCUGCCUUAUAUGAAGCUGCUAAGGAAGGCCACGUAUCGCUCGUCCACUUCUUACUCAGCAAUGGCGCCUCUGUCAACGGCAAAGGAGCAUUCUAUAACACUCCUCUGGGGGCGGCCGCUCGGUAUGGCCAUGUGCGGAUUGUGUGCUCGCUUCUUGAAAGUGGAGCCGAUGUCAACCGGAGAAGCUAUAUCUGGGGCACUCCUUUAUAUGCGGCCGCUAGGUGGGGUCAUGACGAAGUAGUAUCAGUCCUCCUUCAAAAGGGGGCUGAUGUCAAGGGCGAUGGAGAUGGAUUCGAUCAUGACAACGCUCUUUUUGCCGCUGUCGGUCGGUGCCGUGAACGGAUAGUCCAGCUUCUACUGGAGUAUGGAGCUGACGUUAAUGCCAAAGGAUUAUUUAACGAAACGCCAUUGCAAGCAACUGCCAAAAGAGGCAAUAGAAACCUUGUGCGACUGUUGCUUCAAAACAGGGCCCAUGCCGAAGGAAUGGGACAGGUGAUUGAGCUUUUGAGUGAGACUGAUGAAGUUGAGACUCUUUAG